AUUUUCAAAUUGUGGAGUGAUAUAUUUGACUAGUCAUGUAAUGUGUGUGUGCAUGUUUUUUUAAAAUUUCACAAUGAAUACAAAAGACAAGUGUAACAAAUUAACAUCACUGAACUGUACUUGUGAUAUUUGUCAAUGUUUCAAUAUCCCAUUGGAAAAUGAACAACUAGAAUAUGUCAAUGAAAAGUAUAAACUUAACGACAACGUAAAACUAUGGAAUCGAUUUGAAGGCAUUGUUAAAUUCAUUGGUCAUGUUAAUUUCACACAUGAUAUGACAACCGUGUUUCUUAUCGGUAUUGAAUUGAAUUCACAUAUUCCCAAAAUCACAUUGAAUAAUUAUGAUUUAUAUUGUGAUCGAAUGAAGCGGAUACUUGUCCCACCAUCAUUCUGUACACGACUAGCUCCAGGACGACGUGGUCAUCCACAGACAAAGGGAUUACAAAUGAAUCCAAGUUAUAAUUUGAUUAGAAGAAAUCGUCAGUUGUAUAAAACAAUGUAAGGCUGUAAAAAUAAUGUCUGAUUUGUUUAUUAAAAAUGACCAUACAGAGAUCCAUUAUUGUAUCGAAUGAUAUUCGAAACGCAUAAAGGCGGUCGGUGAUCAGAGGCGAUGAUAACCCCCAAUCAGAAGCAGAUACAAACAAUCAGAUGGACACAGGAUACAACGUGAAAUACAUAUAAACUAACAUUAUUAUCAUCAUCUUAUUUGCUUUCACAAACAUCUUUCUUUCUCAAUGGCUGAAAGGAACAAUCUCACUUUCUGAAAUUCAUCUCAUGGAAAUGAAAUAGCUAUUAUCAUUACCAGUUUGUUUAUUCUUGUCGAAAUUGUAAUAGUUAGUCAUAUUUGUUACAGAAAUAAACUUUGAUAAAAUCUCUCC